AUGACAGCGUUGCCAGCAACAGUGGUGAAUGAGAAUUAUUUAUCAAGAUUGCAAGAUGUUGAACUAGACACGUGCAAGCAAUAUUUUCAAUUGAUUUGUGAUGUAAAUUAUGCUUUAUCGCAAUUUUGUGAGGAUUUAAGACAAAAUGUUUUCAACGACGAAGAAUUUGAAAUUAUAUUCAAAAAGAUGAAAGAUCAAAUAUUUGAAAAUCAAUAUGGCGGUACCGACUACCAAUCGUUGAGUACUUUAAAAAAUAAACUUUAUGCCUUGGAACAUAUGGAUGAUAUUGAUACAAAAGCACAAGAAUUAAAACUAAUAAGAGAUGAAUUGCUACCGAAAACAUCGAGGACGACAUUAAGGCUAUCCCAAUUGUGUCCGGACUUAUGUUCGCCCCUGAUUCUUGAAAGCAAAAGAUUGCACUUACAAAGACUAUUGCGACUACCCCCCAAUGUACACGUCUUGAAGUUUAUCGAACAAGUGACAGUGUUUACAGACUCCAUAAGGCGUCCAUGUGUGAUAAAAGCGUUACUGUCGGACGGACAGACCCGCCGGUAUAUAUGUAAGGGCGGCGAGCCGAUGUUAAGGGAUGCCUCAAUACAACGCGCCAUAUCCGCACUGCCUCUGCUUACACCCUUGUUUAGAGGACGGAGUUAUUAUGUAACUCCUUUGGGCGAAGAUUCAGCUAUUUUAGAGUAUUUAGAAGACCAUAUCAGACUACGGGAGCUGAUGGAUAUUGAAAUACCAGCACAUAGGAUGAACGACGAGAAGUUAAUCUUGGCACCGCGUUUAGCGUUAGAACAAUUUAACGAAAAGUCCGCUAUAGUUACUCCGUACAAUCUCAGAUCAGCUAUAGAGAGCAACAGUUCCUGUGUUCAGGAGUUCAUAGCUAAGAAACGAACCUUUGAAGACACUUUGAGUUCCAUGACCAUAUUGAGCUGGAUUUUCGGUGUAGGCGACCGUCACCUACAGAAUAUAAUGUUCAAUACUAGAGACGGUGGCGUCUGCGCCGUGGAUUGGGCGACCAUCUUCAAAUACGGACGUCGAGAGCUACCCCCCGCUAGACUUACGGCCAAUUUAUUGGCUGUGUGUGAUGUUAAAGUGUUGGAGAGUCGACUACAACAACUGUUAUUGUUUUUGAGAAAUAAUAAAAAAACUUUUGAAACGUUUCUGAAGACAUCAUUCUAUUGGCUGGGUCCGGAAUUUAAAGAGUUAAUUUACAUAAACAAAAUAUUACGAGGCGACACAGUGUCUUAUACAAUAACUAGAGAGUGUCUCGAAGAGUCGGAGAUUAAGAAUAAAGAUAAAUACAUCGCGUUAUUGGACGAUGUGUUCCAGGACUUCGCAUCUAAAGAUACUUAUACUGUGGAGGAACAGAUAUCAUAUCUACUGCGACAGUGCAUACACCCGAGUAUUCUAUCGGUCACCAGGUCCGGUUGGGAGGCGUGGAUAUAG